CCCCUCUGCCCUUUUUGGUCUUUUCUCCUCCAAUCUCUAUUCGACGGCUCCCAUCCUUCCACGUCACCACCGUCUUCUUCAUCCCCUUCCCUCCCCUUGCCCUCUAUCUCCUUCCUAUUUUAUUUAAUCCCCUUUAGGGUUUCCCAGAUUUAACCAAUUUCUUAUUUUUUUCGCUCUCCGUAUUUUUUUUUUCAAAUUAAGAAGAAGAAGAAGAAGAAAUCUCCAAAUCUUCAAUUCCUCGACUCUCUCAAUUUCGACGCAGAUUCUUCUUUCCUUCGAAUGAGGGUUUUGAUGAAUUGGCUUUAUUCGGAAACGGUGAAAAUAGUGUUUUGAAAAUUUGAUAGAAUUGAGGAAUUAGAUUUUAUUUUGUUUGUUUUCGGUGUUUUAUGUUAUGAUGGCGAUUGAGAAGAAUAACUUUAAAGUUUCACGAUUUGAUUCGGAGUUUUCGCCGGGUAGUCGAGAGACGACUAUGUCGAGUGACGAGGAUGAACUUCAACGUAGAAGCCCCGCCGUUGAUUCUGAUGAUGAUGAUGAAUUUGAUGAUGCUGAUUCUGGGGCAGGUUCAGAUGACUUUGAUUUGUUGGAAUUAGGUGAAACCAGGGCUGAAUUUUGCAAAGUUGGGAACUUGACUUGCUCUGUUCCUUUCGAGUUAUAUGAUCUUCCUGGAUUGGAAGAUAUUUUAUCUCUUGAUGUGUGGAAUGAGUGUUUAAGUGAUGAAGAAAGGUUUAGCCUUUCUAAGUUUUUGCCUGAUAUGGAUCAGGACACAUUUAUGCGAACUUUGUAUGACCUUCUUAAGGGUAAUAAUUUUCAUUUUGGGAGUCCCAUUAAGAUGUUGUUUGAUAUGUUGAAAGGAGGGCUUUGUGAGCCGAGGGUUGCACUUUAUCGGGAUGGUUUGAAUUUCUUUCAGAAGCGGCAGCAUUACCAUCAUUUGAGGAAGCAUCAGAAUGGUAUGGUGGUUAAUCUUUGUCAAAUAAGGGAUGCUUGGCUUAAUUGUAGGGGAUACAGUAUUGAGGAGCGGCUUCGUGUUUUGAAUAUUAUGAGAAGUCAAAAGAGUUUGAUGCAUGAGAAAAUGGAAGAUGAGGAUUCUGAAUCUUCCGAAAGAGAUGAUUUGGAUGAUGGGUCGUGGAGAAAAAGGGUUAAGGAGCGGAAAGCUUUGCAGAAAAUGGGUCGUCACUCUGGCUAUGGGGUUGAUCCAAGUUUAGAAUUCAUUUCACGAGCACAGCCGAUGGCUUUGGAACCAGCAAAGUACAGGAAGCAGAAUCCGAAAGGUAUACUGAAAACAGGUGGGUCAAAAUUACCUUCUGCAAAAGAGUUUGGCAGCCACUUUUACCCUGGUUUAGAUAUGAAUUCUGAGCUAUAUGGUUUGGCAGGAACUCUUCCUCGACAAAAAUAUGAGUCAGGGGCAGCACUCAGGGCAAGGGAUCGGAUGAGGUUAGAUGAUGAUGCUGAAGACCCAAUGUUUGGAAUGGGUUUUCAACGAGACCGAAAUGCUGUGCGUGAUAGCAUCAUUAAUAAAUCAGGUUCAUUGAGAGCAGGGAAGAAGUAUGACCUUUUAAGAGGGGAAGAAUUAGCUGGUGAUAGUUUCAUGGCUUUGCCUCUGUCUUCAAAGAAUGAUUUGCAGGCCUAUGGUAGGAAAAGGAAUGUAAAUCAGUUGUCAGAGGCAAAAGUAUAUUCUACAAAGCCGCCUAACAUGAGAGCAUCCUAUGAUUUUGCCAAAAAGUCCAAAUAUGCUGAAAACCAUCAGCAAUUUGCAGUUGGAGAUCAGAUAAAGUCUAUGAAAGGCCGAACUCCACCACUGCCAUCGAAAGGGAGUCGAGUUGACUUAUCAGAACGUGCUGAACUGUUUUGGCAAAAUAAGAACCAAGGAGAAGAUAUCUCUGUGGAUUUGUCUGUUAGAUCUGAUGAUUGGAAUAUUAGGAGCAAGAAGUGGAAAACAGGCCGAGAGUCUCCUGAUCUCAGUUUUAAAUCAUAUAAAGCAUCCUUACCACAGAUGAAUGACCGAUACUUGCAUUCAGAUGGUAGAAUGAAACAAUCACAGGAGAAGAUCAGAGGGAACUAUGUGCAAAAUGGGGGACCACUUAUGGCUGCUUCGAAAGGUAGUAGAGCGUUCAUUAAAAAUGAUGAAACAGAAUCUGAUUCAUCUGAGCAAUUCGAUGAUGACGAGGAUAGCAAUCCUUUAAUGAGAAGCAAGUUCGCAUACCCUAGUGGUGUCAUAGAAGGAUCUAGGUUGUCCUCAUUGAAGUCUGGCCUAGAUUCUAGAAAGACCAAAUCUUUGAAGAAAGAUACUAUGGAGGAUGCAUGGGCUGUUGAUGGAAACGCACGCUUCUCCAGAAAGAGCAUUGGGGAAAAUGUGCAUGUGCCAGGAGUAGAAAGCUACUAUUUGAAAGGAAAACAGAAGGGUAAGAUGCAUGAACGUAGUCCCUUGCAUAACUCUUCUUCAAGAGUUUUGGACGAGGUUGAUAGGAAACAAGUUUACAAGUUGCGCAAGAACGGCCAGUUACGAGGGGAACCUGGUGAUAGGUUACACAUGUCCUCAUCGAGGGCCUAUCCUGCUGAGAAAAGGCAGAAAGGUGAAGUUGCCUAUGAUCAUUCUAUGUCUCAGUCAAAUUAUCUGAAUAAUUAUCUUGUUGAUGAGGAGGAUGCUUCACCAGUGACACUAUCACAUGUAGAAGAGAUUAACUUGGGUAGAACUAGGAAGAAAGGCCAGAGCAUUGAAGCUUAUGAUCGUCGUGAAAACUCUGAAGCUUCAUUGCUAGGGUGCAACACUGUGACAAAGAAGAGGAAAGGGAAGGAGUAUGUGGCAGAUGUUGAUAGAACAGAUGAAGAUGGUAACCUGCAGUCUAACCUUCAGCAGCAAACUGAUGAUUCUCCUUUCUUGAAGAAAAAGGGAAAACGGAAAGUGGAGGUUGAUGCUGGUACUUCAGAUAUGGAAGUUUCUGAGCUGCAUGCUGCAGAAAUGGGAGCCACAGAUGUUGAGAUGGAAACCAAACCACAGAAAAAGCCAUUUACUUUGAUUACCCCGACAGUUCAUACUGGUUUCUCAUUCUCAAUUAUACAUCUUCUUUCUGCUGUUCGCAUGGCAAUGAUUACUCCACUUCCAGAAGAUUCCUUAGAGGUUGGUAAACCUAGAGAGGAGCAGAGUGGAAAGCAAGAAGGUAGUAUGAAUGGGGUUCUCUCUCGUGACAAUGCAGUUACUAAUAAUUUGGACCAUCCUGUGCAAACAAGUGUGCCUUCUCUUACUGUUCAUGAGAUUGUUAACCGUGUAACAGUGAAUCCUGGAGAUCCAUGUAUCCUUGAGACACAAGAACCACUUCAAGAUUUAGUUAGGGGAGUUCUGAAAAUUUUCUCAUCAAAAACAGCACCUUUGGGAGCAAAAGGUUGGAAAGCACUUGUUGCCUAUGAAAAGUCCACAAAAAGUUGGUCUUGGGUUGGUCCUGUUACACAUAGCUCAAAUGAUCAUGAGACUAUUGAGGAGGUGACGUCCCCUGAAGCCUGGGGUCUCCCUCAUAAAAUGCUUGUCAAAUUGGUUGAUUCAUUUGCUAAUUGGCUAAAAAAUGGUCAAGAGACUCUCCAACAAAUAGGGAGUCUUCCUGCACCACCACUGGAACUGAUGCAGGUCAAUUUAGAUGAGAAAGAAAGGUUCAGAGACCUAAGAGCUCAGAAGAGCCUUAACACCAUUAGCUCAAGUUCUGAAGAAGUGAGAGCUUAUUUCCGUAGGGAGGAGCUUCUUAGGUAUUCUAUUCCUGACAGGGCCUUCUCUUACACAGCUGCUGAUGGUAAAAAAUCAAUAGUUGCUCCCUUGAGAAGGUGUGGAGGUAAGCCAACUUCAAAGGCUCGAGACCAUUUUAUGCUGAAACGUGAUCGGCCACCACAUGUUACGAUUCUUUGUCUUGUGAGAGAUGCUGCUGCCAGAUUGCCUGGAAGUAUUGGCACCCGUGCAGAUGUUUGUACUUUGAUAAGAGACUCUCAAUACAUUGUUGAAGAUGUUUCUGAUGCACAAGUUAACCAGGUUGUUAGCGGGGCCUUAGACCGUUUGCAUUAUGAACGUGAUCCUUGUGUACAAUUCGAUGGAGAGAGGAAAUUGUGGGUUUAUUUACAUAGAGAAAGAGAAGAAGAAGAUUUUGAGGAUGAUGGUACUUCAUCCACUAAGAAGUGGAAGAGGCAGAAAAAAGAUCCCACAGAGCAAUCUGAUCAAGGAGCUGUAACUGUGGCUUUCCAUGGGACUGGGGAUCAGUCAGGAUUUGAUUUGGGCUCUGAUCUCAAUGUUGAACCGUCAUGUGUUGAUGAUGAUAAAAAAAUGGAGACAGACUGUCAUGAUAGACAAAAUGGGGAGGAUAAUGCUGACACCAGUCAUGGGUCUGAGCAAGGUAACACUCAGCAGGGUCAUCCAAUGACGUGGGAGCCUCUUGACCUAAAUCCUGUGCAAGAGAGCAAAUUGCUAUGUCAAGAAAAUUCCACUAAUGAAGAUUUUGAUGAUGAAACUUUUGGGAGAGAAAGAGCAGUUGGACUCCUGAGGGCAAGCAUAUUAUGAUCAAACAUUUCAGGUUAAAGUCCACCUAGGGUAGGAAGGCAGGGUUCUCAUUUCCCUAUCCAAGGUGUGUGUUAUAGGUUGGACGGUUACAUUUGUAUAGUGAGUCUAGCACAAAAUGUUAGGUUAGAAUGUGAUCUUCUAAUGGUCCCCCAAGAAUGUGUUUUAGAACAGGUGGAUAACUUGAUGAUUCUGCAUCCCAUAAAUAUUUUUUGAUUUCAUAUUUUUAUAAUUUCCAAGUAUAGUUCCCAUAUGUUCACUGAGCUUAUAAAAACACGAGCAUUCGUCUUUGUAACACGUGCCCCCAUAAAAUGCCUAUGCCCUUCUGUGCAUAAGAUUUUAGA